AUGGUCACCCAACGGGGUAUAGAGGCAAACCCAGCCCAAAUCGAUGCCAUCUUAAGUAUCCAAUCCCCCACAUGCGUUAAAGAUGUUCAGAAGCUAACGGGAAGGAUAGCCGCUCUAAGUCGUUUCAUUUCAAGGUCAUCCGAAAGAUGUCACUCAUUUUUCAACACCUUAAGGAGAUCAAAAACAUUUGAGUGGACAGAAGAAUGCGAGGAAUCACUAAAACAACUCAAGCAGUACCUGACCAACCCGCCCUUACUCGCAAAACCAAAAGACCACGAAGAAUUGUUGGUUUAUCUUGCCGUAUCCGAUACGGCCGUCAGCGCCAUGUUGGUCAGGGAAGAAGACGGAAAGCAGUCACCCAUCUACUAUGUGAGCAAAUCUCUGCUCGAUGCGGAGACCCGAUACGGUCAAUUAGAAAAGCUAGCCCUCGCGUUGGUUCACACAGCAAGGAAGUUGCGCCCAUAUUUCCAAUGCCACCCAAUCAUAGUCGCCACCACAUACCCUCUGAAGGCCAUACUCCACAAACCUGAAUUAUCGGGUCGGUUGGCGAAGUGGGCAGUGGAGUUGAGCGAAUACGACAUUACAUUCAAGCCACGUACCGCUCUUAAGUCCCAGGUAUUAGCAGAUUUUUUAGUUGAUUUUACACCUAACCUUACCUUGCAGGCCGAUAAGGAAAUCUGUUGCAUGACCGAACAACCCGACCAAGCUGGAACUUGGAAACUGUAUGUGGACGGGUCAAGUAAUAUGCGAGGAAGUGGACUAGGUCUGGUACUCAUCUCACCACUAGGAGACGUGAUAGAACAGUCCAUCCGCUGUGAAUUCAAGGCGACCAACAACGAAGCAGAGUACGAAGCCAUGCUAGCCGGACUCGGAUUAGCUAAGGAAAUGGGGGUAAAACGCAUUAAAAUAUUCAGUGACUCCCAACUUGUAGUUAACCAAAUGCAGGGUACUUUUCAAGCCAAGGAUGCUAAGAUGUUGGCCUACUUGGGCAAAACGAAGGAGCUUCAAUCAAGCUUUGAAGAGUUCAUCAUAAACCAAGUGCCAAGGGGGGACAAUGGUCAUGCUGAUGCUUUAGCCAACCUCGGAUCAGCGAUCCAGACCGCAAAACCUAAAACCAUAACGAUCACUUGUCUUCAAUGGCCAGCAAUUCAAAAGGAGGAGACAAAUGAACAGGUCAAUGAAGUAUCAACAGAACGGACCUGGAUGACCCCAAUAAUAGAAUACUUGGAGAAUGAUGCACUACCGGAUGAUAGGAAUGAAGCGCGUCGCCUUAAAGCUCAAGCAGCUCGAUUCUCCAUCCUUCGAGGUAAACUAUACAAACGAUCAUUUUCCGGUCCAUAUUUGAAAUGCAUUAACCCUGCAGAAGCAAGAUACAUAUUGUCCGAGUUACAUGAAGGUGAGUGUGGAAACCACUCGGGUGGGAGAAGUCUUGCACAUCGUGCAUUAACAAGCGAAUAUUACUGGCCCACUAUGAAAACAGAUGCAACUGACCAUGCUAGAAAGUGUUAUAGAUGCCAACGAUUCGCCCAAGUGUCACACCUGCCCCCGGAGCCCAUGACUGCUAUCACAUCACCAUGGCCAUUCAUGAAAUGA